UUUCAGUAACUGAAUGAACUUACAAUGUGGAACAUACCGAUUGUUUUAACCUUUAUAUUAGCAUUUUCCGAAGGACAUGUGAUGUUUACUAAUUUAAAGUGCGAAAUAAUCGACAAGAUGUUUGGAAAAUUUGAAACCUGUCAUAUUAAAGCAAUCAAUAGAACACAUAAAUACAUGGAUGUUUACGUAAAGCUGAAUAAAUUGCCAAUCACAAAUAUUAAGAUAAUAAUAGACCCAAUGCGAAACGAUAAUGGCUACAGACCGUUUUUCAUGAGUAUGACAGUGGAUUUUUGCAAGUAUAUGAGGAAUCCAAGUCUUCAAAAAAUGACCCUUGUUAAUGAAUUGUAUUCAAAUAUUAGAAAUGUAUCGAAUUUGAAUCAUACCUGCCCAUACAAUCUGCGUGACCACUUCACAUUCAGAUACGACACAAUUGCAGUCAUAACAUCAGUGAUAGUCCUAGCCGUCUAA